AUGAGCUUUCUUGACCUCCCAUACUCGCUCUUUUGGGAGAUCAUUGCUCACCUCCCAGCAGUCGAUGCCCUGGUCUGCCGCCGCCUCUCUACCGGAGCUCGCAGGACGCUCACCAGCCCAGAGCUCUGCCUCUCCUUAAUACUGCUGCAUUUCCCCCGGUCAAGGGAGGGCCGCCUGCUGCGCGAUUGCAUCCGAAAUGGAGCCUAUUCGGAGCUGAAACAGGGUCACAGCCUGGCUCCUUUAUUUGCCCGUCUGACACGGCGUUACUACCAUUUAGGCAAUGCGACGCCGUGGCGAACCCGCGAGGUCCAGGUUCUCAAGGACGACAACCACCUGCAUGCAGUGCAUACGUGGGAUAGGGUUCUGAGCAGAGACGGGGAGCUCGACCCCUUUCAGGCCCGCGAACCCCUCUGGGCGUUUGGCACGGACGAGGCGUUGCUUGUGUACCCCUCACCCGAUGGGCAAGGAUUCCUUGCCCAAGACCUGCAUUCGCAGCUUGAGGCGAGCGUCCCCUUUGACGUCUCCGGCAAGGUCAUACGUCGGUGGUGCGAGGAGCAGCCCUGCGAAUUUCUCAAUUCGAGGGUUGCCGUUUAUCGACAUUACGCGACAGCCUUUGAUCUAACUCCAGUCAGUGGUGGAAUUGUCGGCUACGAUCUGACGAAUGGACUUGGCGUGCCGGAAAAGACGCAAUCUUUUCCCUGGAGUAUCACCUGGAGAUCCGAGUGGAAAAUACACGAUUUGGGAAUUCUUCAGGAUCGAUUCUUCUCUGCCCAUAAUGCUACUCACUACGCGGUAUAUAUAUGGCAGUCAAGCGGUGGCCUAUGGGGCGUCAAUGAUCCUCGGGAGCGAUUGAUGAUCUAUGAAUUGGGAGAAGCUACGCCAGAAUCUGAUUCUACUGGCGAGAAAAAAGCAGUGCCGGAAGGCCCGCGAUUAGUCCAAAAUUGGAUGAACUCCGAACUGAGUGCAUUAGGUGUUCGUCAACGAAUAUCACCAAAACUAAGGGGAAUAUACUUGGAUGCAAUCACAUGGAAUACGCAGACACAGUCUGCAUGCGGUCACAUUUUUGUGCAUGAGGAGGACCACCGCAAUUUAGAAGGCCCUCAUCGAGGUGUUCUGCGGGCUCGACACCACCAUGUCAAAUCUACUGGCGUCCCGCUGACACUUAUCGGCCCAAAAUGGGUGGAUGAAUGUGGCUGUGAGGUAAUUGGCGAUAGUCUCUUAUCCCUGAGCAGAGGAGGAACGUUACUUCCGCACCAAGCUGAGAGAAUCUUUGACCCCCCUUCGUGGCCAGGUCGGGCCCCAUGCUGGCGUCACAGACUGUAUCCUUGGCUCACUCUAUCCGAAGUAUUGGAUGCGGACGCAGGGAUACGCAUUGCAGCUCGCCAUAGCCUGUAUAAUCACAGAGAACCUGAGCUGCAGCCUGUACUGUUUGUUCAAGGAGUUGAUGCUUUGCAUUUCAGGGACAUUGAAACGCCCGGCAGCUCUGCCUUGGACGAGAAAAAUGGCGACGCGGAAGAGGCUAAUCAGAAAGUAAAUGACACACUGGGAAAGAAGAGAGAUGGUCGUGAUGGGUAUGAGGUCCAGUUCUCGCCUUAUUACUGGGGUCGACUCAUGACAAAAGGGACCAUAUAUGGUGAUGAAAGGUGGCUGAUGGGUGAGGGCGAGAAUGGAACUAUCACUAUCUUGCAAUUUUGA